ACACCAUCCCCGUCUCCCCCGUCAGCUCCUCCGCGGUGCGUCCCCGGCUUCUCUCCGCUCAUUUGCCCCGCUCUCGGCUGUCUGCCCCCGGUCAAAUUCCCCACAUCUCGCCCCUGGAUCCCCCCUUCAAGGACCCAUCAGCUCCCGAACCGGAUUGGACUACUUUGACCCCAAAACUAACGCAGGAAGCCGGCCUCAAACUUUGGCACGCACCGCCCUUGUCCCCUUUCCACGAUCAGCUGACACCACCCUUCCCCUCUUUUCACUUCACUUGGAGUUAUUCCACUAUUUUCACUUUUGGGGGCUUUUUGGGGACUUUGCUCCUCGUGUCCAACUUUUUUCCCCGGACCCCUGCUCGUGCGCCAUCGCGUGCGCCUGACCGGAAGCGGGUCUCUGGCACGCGCACUGAACCGGUGCUGUGAUUGGGUCAAGCAGUAGUUCAGUUACAUUUGUUUUGGGAGUUAUUCGGUGUCCUUUUGGAGUUUGUUUUCACUUUUUCCCGCUUGGAUCUGGAAAGGAAUUACGCACAAGACAUGGAGCGAGGACAGUGAACGGACGCGCGCGCACGAGUCUCUCCGGUGUGAGGUGGAGUGGGCGGGGCAGUGAUGGCGGGGUCCUCGGUGAAGGUGGCCGUGAGAGUGCGUCCGUUCAACGCCCGAGAAAUUGCACGAAACGCCAAAUGUGUCAUCCAGAUGCAAGGCAACUCCACGUGUAUCAGUAACCCGAAACAAAACAAGGAUGGAGCCAAGACCUUUACUUUUGAUUAUUCCUACUGGUCCCACACGACGGACGAGGACCCCGCUUUUGCCACUCAAAAAAAAGUGUACAAAGAUAUCGGUGAGGAGAUGCUGCUUCAUGCAUUUGAAGGGUACAAUGUGUGUAUUUUUGCAUAUGGCCAGACGGGGGCAGGCAAGAGCUACACCAUGAUGGGCAAACAGGAGACGGGGCAAGAGGGCAUAAUCCCUCAGCUUUGUGAAGAACUGUUCCAGAAAACUGGGGAAAACCAGGACCCAGAUCUGCAGUAUUCUGUCGAGGUGUCAUACAUGGAGAUUUAUUGUGAGCGCGUGAGGGACCUGUUGAACCCGAUGUCUCAGGGCACUCUGAAGGUCCGAGAGCACCCCAUCCUGGGUCCAUACGUCCAGGACCUGUCCAAACUCGCCGUGACCGGAUUCUGCGACAUCCAGGACCUCAUGGACGCCGGGAACAAAGCCAGAACUGUAGCGGCCACCAACAUGAACGAGACUUCCUCCAGAUCUCACGCUGUUUUCACCAUCGUCUUCACCCAGAAACGCAGAGACCAGCUGACUGGCCUCGACACUGAGAAGGUGAGUAAGAUCAGUCUGGUGGAUUUGGCUGGAAGUGAAAGAGCCGAUUCUUCAGGCGCCAAAGGCACACGACUGAAGGAAGGAGCCAAUAUCAAUAAGUCCCUGACGACGCUAGGCAAAGUCAUUUCAGCUCUGGCUGAAAUGCAAGGCACAAAGAAAAGGAAAAGUGACUUCAUUCCCUACAGAGACUCGGUCCUAACCUGGCUCCUCAAAGAAAAUCUUGGUGGAAAUUCACGAACGGCGAUGAUUGCAGCUUUGAGUCCAGCUGACAUCAACUAUGAAGAGACCCUCAGCACGCUCAGAUACGCAGACCGGGCCAAGCAGAUCCGCUGUAACGCCAUCAUCAAUGAAGACCCCAACGCCAAACUGAUCCGAGACCUCAAGAGCGAAGUGGAGAGACUGAGGAGCCUGCUCUGCUCCCAGGGGCUGCAUGACCUACUGCAAAACCAAGGAAACAAUGAGAGCUUGGCAAAUGCUAACAUCGGAGAACACACAGCGAAUGGCAUCGAAGGAAAUCAAAGCCCCGCUUCCCCAGGUGGCGAUGCGUCUAGCGGCAAUGCGUCUCUUAAUUCUGACAUCUUAUUGGACGACGAUGCGGAGGGGGAGGGGUCUGUUGGAGCAGAGCCAAUCAGCAAAGAGGAGGCAGCUGAGAGACUUCUGGAGACUGAGAAGAUCAUCGCUGAGCUGAACGAGACUUGGGAAGAGAAACUGAGGAAGACAGAGUCCAUACGAUUAGAAAGGGAAGCACUGUUGGCUGAGAUGGGCGUGUCCAUAAAAGAAGACGGAGGUACUUUGGGUGUAUUCUCCCCAAAAGGAACACCUCACCUGGUGAACCUAAAUGAAGACCCACUGAUGUCUGAAUGUUUGAUCUACUACAUAAAAGAGGGAGUCACCAGAGUUGGACAGCAGGAUGUGGACAUUAAACUUUCAGGGCAUUUUAUCAAAGAAAUUCACUGUGUUUUUGUGAGUGAGACCAACGACAAUGGAGAAGUGGUGGUGACUCUGGAGCCUCUGGUCGGGGCUGAGACUUAUGUGAACGGGAAACUCAUCACUGAAGGAGUGGAGCUCAAACAGGGAAAUCGUAUAGUGAUGGGGAAGAACCACGUGUUUCGGUUUAACCACCCGGAGCAGGCUCGUCUGGACAGAGAGCGCCGCAGUGCUGCUCUCCAACAGAAGGAGGCGCUGGAGGGGCAGAGGGAGGGCAGCCCAGACCCACAGAUGGAGCCUGAGGACUGGACCUAUGCUCAGAGAGAACUGUUGGAGAAGCAAGGGGUGGACCUCAAACUGGACAUGGAGAAGAGACUGCAGGACAUGGAGAGUCAGUAUCGAAAAGAAAAAGAAGAGGCUGAUCUACUAUUAGAGCAGCACCGACUGUACGCAGACAGUGACAGCGGAGAUGAUUCGGACAAGCGCUCGUGUGAGGAAAGCUGGAGGCUCAUUUCAUCUUUGAGGGAGAAACUUCCUGCCAACAAGGUGCAGACAAUCGUGAAGCGCUGUGGCCUCCCGAGCAGCGGAAAAAGACGAGAGCCGCUUCGAGUUUAUCAAAUUCCCCAAAGACGGAGGAUUGGAAAGGACCCUAAACGCCUCACUGUGGAAGACCUCCGCAUGCAGGCCGUCAAAGAGAUCUGCUACGAGGUUGCGUUGGGAGAUUUCCGUCACUCGCGACAGGAGAUUGAAGCCCUGUCCAUAGUGAAGAUGAAGGAGCUGUUCCGGAUGUAUGGAAAGAAGGACCAGCCAGAGGGGCAGAGCUGGCGCGCCGUGGCCCAGGACGUGUGCGAUACGGUGGGCAUCGGUGAGGAGCGAAGCCCCCCGAGUGAAGAUAGCCCUGGAGCUCCCGGAGAACCAGAUCAACCGGCCAAUCCCAGCGGACUGCAAGGCCUCAAGGCUCAUAUAGACAAGCUCACAGACAUACUAGAGGAGGUGAAGCUGCAGAACAACAUGAAGGAUGAAGAAAUCAAAGCUCUUAGAGACAGAAUGGUCAAAAUGGAGUCCAUCAUUCCUGUGCAGGAUGAAGAAAUGAAUGGGGAAGAGGGCGGGACCUGUCAGUCUGAAAAUGGAAUGACAGAUGACUCGAGUGGUGAUGUGCCAGAGACCAGAGUGCAACGUUUGAUGGAGGAGGACCCCGCCUUCAGGAGAGGGCGCCUCCGCUGGCUCAAACAGGAACAGCAGAGGUUUCAGAAUCUACAGCAGCAAAACAUCACCAAGAAGCUGAGAGGACAACCCCAGAACCAAGCUCCCAAUGCCCCUACAGUCCCGGUCCACCUCCCUGGCACUGGACGCUUCAUCCCUCCCCAGGAAUGCAAACUUAAAUUCCCCUUUAAGAGUAACCCCGCCCACCGCCUCUCCUGGGGUCCCGCCACAGCCGCGUUGCAAGCUCUGGGGAUUGCCGACGUUAGCAUUGAACCGCUAAAAGAUGAAACCAAAUCGCAACUGAAUCCCGAAGUUCCUCCCUUUAACAGCAUGGCUACUGCUCCGACCAAUCCGCCACCUCCUUUGCUGCCACUUCCUUUCCAAGUCCCACCUCCUCCCAGAAUGAGAUCACCAAGUCCACAUCGCAACUGGCAACAACGAAAUCCGCAACAGCAAGGAGGGUACCAACAAAAUUACAACAAUAAUCAAAAAAGAUACAGACGAAAUUCAUUGGAUAAUCCCAGAAAUUAUGACAAUGGCGAGCAGCAACAAAAUGGAGGACAAUAUCAAGGAAGGCCUAGACAGCGAAGGGGCGUGUCUCCGAAUCCAGGGGGUGGGCCUAGAGGAGGAGGAGGCGGCGGAGGAAACGCAAACAACAACGAUAGACGCGAUUUUCAAUUUAACCAAAAUCGGUAUCAUCAGCAUUACCCCCACCCGUACUACAACCCCCACAAUGCACCAUUCCAGCCUUUUCCAACUUAUAACAGCUUGCCGCGAAAUGGAGGUCAAAAUCAAAUUGGCGGCGGAGGAGGAGGAGCGGGGUGGGGCUUCCAGACUCCGCCCCGAAUGAGGCGUCAGUUUAGUGCGCCAGAUCUCCAGAAAGACGAUACAAGGAGGCAAGCAUGUGACCAUAACGGAGGAUUCUGAUUGGUUCACUCAGAGGCUAUGGAGAAAAAGGCUGUGUGGAUUUCAGCACUUUUUGUUUAGUUUUUUUUACACGUCCGUAACCUCAGUCCUGCUGUUAGCGAGCGAGUCUACAUGUAAUCUGAAAGGCUGUUUAAUGAUGACAAUGUAACUCAAUAGCUCAAAUGAUUCAAAAUUAGAAUAUUAAUCUUGAUUUGAGUCAUUUUAGAACAUUUGCAGAACAUUUUAUUUACAUAUUUCUUUCUUAUACAAUACAGUGUUUAUAUUGCCAUUUAUCAGCUUGACAAGCCUCUCAAAGCUCUGCACUGGUGGUAAACAAAGUCUAGCCACUGCUGCCCUGGGGUAGACUACCAUUUUUGUCUCCCAGUCUGCACCACUGGCCCCUCUUUCCCAUGUUACCAGAUCAUUGGGUUUUUAAGUGGUAAACGUGGUCAUUUUUGAAUAGUCCUAAUAAAAGUUGUGAAUUUCAGCGAAAAAGCUUUAUAUCCAAAACCAUCAGUGCUCAAUUCAUACAGAUGUCAGGGGAAGUGUGUUGCCCAAGGACACAACAGUGGCAUGCGCUGGUCAACAGAGAUGCAACCACAGAUCUUUGGGUUGAUGGACAAACUCCCUACAGCUUUGUAAUGAUCCUCCUCACAUACUUGCAGUUUUACACUUGAAUCAAGAUUAAUGUUCAGAAAUAAAGUGAUGUAGUGAGAAUGUCAGGCUUUAACUCUUUAUAGUAACUAAACCUUUAUAGGGCUUAAUGGGGCAUGAACAAAGACUUGAUUCAUAAUGAUCAAAUUGUUUAUUAAGAAUGACUCAGGUUUAGUAAAUACUUAAUUGAUACAAGUGGAAAUUAAUGUAAUAUGAAUUAAUAACUAAAUCAAUCAUUCAUAAUAUAUCUAUUUGUUUCAUUAUUGGUAAAAAUCUUUGUUGAUGCUUUAUAAAGGCUGAAAAGGCCAUAUCGUGUUAGUGGCUAUCAAGCUGUGCCUCUCUUGAGAAUAAUAGGUGCCCUAAGUUCAAUAAAAAACCUCUUGUAGCAAUAAUUCUGUAAACUCUACGGUGCUGUGUGGCUUCGUGGUAGAGCUGGAGUGCAUAGGCUUGAACGCCCUCCAAACCAGACACACCUACUGUUCAAUGUUUUUACUGUUUUUAUUUUGUCAGUUUGUUAGCAAGACGCUAUAGUUGUUUUACUUUGAUUCUAAGGAUUUUUAGUGCUGGCAAAUUGGCGCUUUUUAGCCACGGCAUUAGCAUUAGCUUACCAUGCUAGAUUUGCAACACUACGUUUGUUAUUUUUACUAUUUUAACUGUCAUUUAUAUUCGGGUGUUCUGUUUAACUGAAGGACUUUAGCUAUUUGAAGUCGUAGGUUUAUCUGUUAGCUGGCAAUGCUAACUAGCUAAGAAGCUUGUGGUCAUUUUCAAGAAGUUGAACAAAUGGGGAGAAGCAACAAGGAAAAUGGGUUACUGAACAAUUUAAAAAUAUGACUUCACGUUAUAACAAAAGUCUAUAAUCACGUGUAAUGUGUUUUAAAUUCACUGUGGCAGAGUGUUUGUUGUAAGAAGGUUGUGGGUUAGAUUCUAGUUCAGAAAGUUGGAAACGAAAUGUCAACUUGAACGCUACGAAACCAAAGACGCUGCUGUACAAAAAAAAAAUCAAAGCGGAGAUUUAUAAACAUUUUUAAUGCAUUGUGUGUAUAUUUGAUGUGUAUUUUACAUUAUUUUAUGAAGUUUUUGGAAAGUUUACGGCAUUCAUUGAAGGACGAGAUGGUGACUUUUUAAAACCGAAUGAAAUGGAAUUUUGAUGGAUUUAUAGAAAAAGUAGGGGUUGUUUUAGUCUUUUGAGUAGGAUUAUGGGUAAUGUAGUCAGACGGAGCGCGGACAAGUGAAGGUGGAUGUAAUACGACUUAUGACACUAUGAAAAAGAAAAUGGCACUAAUACUGCGUUCAUGCGGUCAGCUGGUAUUCGGGGUUCUGACUUUGCGUUCAUGUGCUCAUUGCUCAUUAACGACGUUUAAUUGAGCUAACCAGUUAGAUUUCAUGUUGUUUUAUUUUACUUUAGCUAAAACUAGUUAAUGUUACAUCUGCAGAUAUUUAAACAGUUGUGCCUGAUCUUUCUUGCACAAGUCCAUUGCUCUUAUGAUAUAGACAACUGACAGUAAACCCCUAAAUAUAAUCAUGUUUAGUCAAAGAGCUGAAAUGUUUAAAAUAUUAGUAUUUUCAUCGCUGACCACAUGAACGCAGCAUAAGUAGGCUACUGUGCAAGAUGUGACACUCUUUAAAUGGGAUUAUUGGAUUUGUAGUUUUUAGAAAGAAGAAAAACUACAAAAUAAAAUGGUAAAAAUUGUCAAGUCAUGUGACACUGACUUCAAUUCAAGAGAGACUAAUUGUUAGGUUUACAAAGUGGAUUUCAAUAUAUAUUCUACAGUGAAUGGGAGUACUAAGAAAUACGUUAUGUCAUUUUAUUUUAUUUUUUACAAUAACAUGCUAUUAGUUUAAAUACACAAAACACAUGGGAAAGGGCAGAAGGACAUCUGACACACAGGAUAUAAUGGUUUUAUAUAACUCAGACCUGUUUUGAUUGAUCUUUAAGAGACUUGGUAAUUAAAAGCAACUUAAGUACUUUUGUGUUUUGGGACAAUGUGAUUGGCUGACAGCGGCUGCUCUUGGCCAAUCACAGGACAAUCUCUGAAAGUCAAUCCGCCCUUUUGUUUUCAUUAAUUUUAUGGAAUUGUUUUGUUAUUUUUUGUUUGUUGUCAUUUAUUAUUAAUAUUUUUUUAACUUCCAGCUUGGCGUCUGAUUGGCUGAUUCAUAUAUAAGUGGGCGGGAUUUCCUGUUUUGUUUGGCUUUAGCGUUAACCACAUUUUUGCUGUAAAGUUGCCUUGAAUCUUGGCAACACACACUACUUUUUCUUUUCAUAAUUUAAAAUAUUUUUGUUUUACUUUUUCCUGCUGCUAAAAUAAUUGUGUUCUGUUUAUCUCAUUAUUUUCCCUUUUUUCUUUUAUUUUAUUAUAACUUUAUUUUGUUUAGUUUUACGGUGGUGUGAAAGGUGAAUUUGUGAUUUGGCUGUUGAUGUUUUGUGGAUUCAGAAAGAGACAGAAUGCAAUAAACUCUGAGAAAAGUG